AUGUUUAGCCUCGGAUCCCCGGCCACCGCUGCCUUCUCUCGAACUAUGUUCCUUCUCAAUUCGGCUAAACACACCACAGCCAGAUUCUCGACCAACAUUCAUUGCCACCGGCAACCGCCCUGGCUUAUGCUGCCACCGACCUUCGACUCGGGCAAAAACAUGGUCCACAACUUUUACGUCCUCGGAGAGAACCAGGUCAUGACUAUGAGCCUCGGAAACGGAGAUGAGGAUGAGGAUGAGUAUCAGGAUGAGAAUGAGGAGGAUGAAGAGGAUGAAGAGGAUGAAGACGAAGACGAACUCGUGAUGUUAUGGCCUGACCACAAUUGUAAGGCCCUCGGUUCCUCCCACGGUUGGCUCACCUUUCUCCACACCCAAACCAACCACGUAUUACUCUAUGAUCCCGUCUUGACCUUCCACUUGCAGUUUCCGCCCCUCCCCGGCGCCGGCGGCCACAUUACCAGUGUCACCGUCGACCCUUCUCCCAAUGACUUAAGCCAUUUCCGUGCUGUCGCCACUUUUGGUCCCCAUAACAGGCUGGCCUUCUGCGCUCCUAUUAGCCUAGACGACAACCGUAAGGUCAAGUGGGUCCCUCUCGGCCUAGGGAGUGGCUAUGCUUCGGUGGUUUACUCUAAACAGCGCGGGCUCUUCUUCUGCUGUACCAAGGCUGGCCUUCAGGCUUGGGACCUCAGGGACCCGCUGAUCCCUGAAAUGACGCCAUUGCCCCUCUCCUUGGAUAACAAAUCAAAUUAUCAGAUUUCCUCCGAGCAGGUGCGCCACUACGAUUUCCUUGCGGUCGCCAAGCCUUCUGGAGAUCUCUUCCACGUGAGGCGGUUUGUGGCCGCUCGUUCGGGACCACGUGGUUACGGUGGGCCGAGCCUGGGUUUCGAUCACGGUGCACCGUACAGGACUCUCGGUUUCGAUAUUCAUAGGUACGACCCGAACACUGGCUCGCUCGUGUACAUGGACAGCUCACUGGACGGGCUUGUGCUUUUCGUCGGGAGCAACAAUGGGCUUGCGAUUCCUGCGGAUCAGUACCCUGAGCUGAUGCCCGACUCCGUUUACUACACAGAGCCACCAGAGUGGAUCGACUGGAGCUACGGUGGGCAUGACGUUGGCAUCUUCAAUAAUCGAGACAAGACUUUUUCUCCCUGUUUUUAUCCUGUCGACGUGCAGAGCAAGAGAAGAGUUAGUGGACUCAAGUGGUUCACACCGAGCCCGAUUUCGAGGCGUACGUUCCUCGUGCAAAACAACGAUGGUUCUAUGACUAUUACUCCCAAGCUUCCCAAGUAA